CUGGCGGGCGGGCGUGUGCGUGCGGGAGGGAGCGCGUGGGGACGCAGGAGGGGCCGCUCGGCCCUGCCAUGCCGGCCGGCCGCGGGGGAGGGCUGGGGGGAGGAGGAGGGGAGCUGGCGCCCGGGGCGGCUUGGUGACGAGGCCAGCCGGCCAAACGGUGGUGGCCGUGCUGUCCUGUCCGCUGCCGGAGAUGGGGGGACAGAUCACCCGGAGCACCCUCCACGACUCCAUCGGGGGCCCCUUCCCCGUCAAUUCUCACAGAUGCCACCACAAGCAGAAGCACUGCCCACCAGUGCUACCCGGCGGGGGGCUCCCGGCCACGCCGCUGCUCUUCCACCCACACACCAAGGGCUCCCAGAUCCUCAUGGACCUCAGCCACAAGGCCGUCAAGAGGCAGGCCAGCUUCUGCAACGCCAUCACCUUCAGUAACCGCCCGGUGCUCAUCUAUGAGCAAGUCAGGCUAAAGAUCACCAAGAAGCAGUGCUGCUGGAGCGGGGCCCUGCGACUGGGCUUCACGAGCAAGGACCCGUCGCGCAUCCACCCGGACUCGCUUCCCAAGUACGCCUGCCCCGACCUGGUGUCCCAGAGUGGCUUCUGGGCCAAGGCGCUGCCUGAGGAGUUUGCCAACGAGGGCAACAUCAUUGCCUUCUGGGUGGACAAGAAGGGCCGUGUCUUCUACCGCAUCAACGACUCGGCCGCCAUGCUCUUCUUCAAUGGGGUCCGCACGGCCGACCCACUCUGGGCCCUGGUGGAUGUCUACGGCCUGACGCGGGGCGUCCAACUGCUAGACAGCGAGCUGGUGCUGCCUGAUUGCCUGCGGCCGCGCUCCUUCACCGCCCUGCGGCGGCCGUCACUGCGGCGCGAGACCGACGAGGCGCGCCUCUCGGUGAGCCUGUGUGACCUCAACGUGCCGGGCGGCGACGGCGACGACGGCACGCCGGCCGCUGGUUGCCCGAUCCCGCAGAACUCGCUCAACUCGCAGCACAGCCGCGCGCUCCCCGCGCAGCUCGACGGCGACCUGCGCUUCCACCCGCUGCGCGCCGGAGCUCACGUCCGCAUUCUGGACGAGCAGACGGUGGCGCGCCUGGAGCACGGGCGCGACGAGCGCGCGCUUGUCUUCACCAGCCGGCCGGUGCGCGUGUCCGAGACCAUCUUCAUCAAGGUCACGCGCUCGGGCGGCGCGCGGCCCGGCGCGCUCUCGGUUGGUGUCACCACGUGCGACCCUAGCACACUGCGGCCAGCCGACUUGCCCUUCAGCCCCGAGGCCCUGGUGGACCGCAAGGAGUUCUGGGCCGUAUGCCGCGUGCCAGGGCCACUGCACAGCGGCGACAUCCUGGGGCUGGUGGUGAAUGCCGACGGAGAGCUGCACCUCAGCCACAAUGGUGUGGCCGCUGGCAUGCAGCUGUGCGUGGACGCCUCGCAGCCUCUCUGGAUGCUCUUUGGCCUGCAUGGGGCCAUCACGCAGGUCCGCAUCCUCGGCUCCACCAUCCUGGCCGACAGAGGCAUCCCAUCGCUCCCCUGCUCCCCGGCCUCCACACCAACCUCACCCAGUGUCCUGGGCAGCCGCCUGUCUGAUCCCCUGCUCAGCGCGUGCAGCUCUGGCCCUCAGGGCAGCUCUGCUGGUGGGACAGCCCCCAACUCACCGGUGAGCCUGCCCGAGUCUCCAGUGACCCCGGGCGUGGGCCAGUGGAGUGACGAGUGCACGAUCUGCUAUGAGCACGCGGUGGACACGGUCAUCUACACGUGCGGUCACAUGUGCCUCUGCUACGCCUGCGGCCUGCGCCUCAAGAAGGCCCUGCACGCCUGCUGCCCCAUCUGCCGCCGCCCCAUCAAGGACAUCAUCAAGACCUACCGCAGCGCCUAGCCCUGUGGGCCCCUAUGUAGACAUCAGCCGGCUGCUGCUGAGGGCCAAGCCCAGGGCCGCUUCUCUUCCUCAUCCUCCUCCAUUAGACGCAGGAACCCGAGGCUCCUGAAGGCUUGGGCACGGAGCAGGUCCGAGGCAGGAAGGCGGGGGCAGAAGCACAUCACUGGGCAGAGAGGGGAGAAGGCCACACUCCCCAGUCUUUCCCUUCUUUGCAUCAGUUCUUCCCUGCAUGACGAGGGGCUAAACUGAGGUCAGCCUGUCCUACACCUUCCCAGUCUGGGGCAGAUUCUAGGAGGUCCCUGUAGCCCAUGUGGCACCUUGGUGAGAAUUAAAAAGUGUGGAUCUUCUAAUGGACAGAUGCUGCCCUAAGCCAGGGCAUGUGGCUGGGUCAGUGGAGUAGGGACUGGAUUUUAGCCUCCAUUUUCUCCUUUAGCCAGUGACUCUUGAGCAAUGCACAACCUGCUCAACAGCAGCCCACAGUGGGCKGCUCCUGAGUUGCUCACUCUGAUCUGGACCCACCUUCUCUUUCCCCUCUUCCCUGCCGAUUGGGACUGGCAGCAGGGGACAAGAAGGCCAGUUAACUCUUCUUACCCCAGGCUGUGGAGGGCUCUAGGUUCUGGAUCCCUGGCCCUUCUGGGCUGAAAGGACUCCUUUCCAGCCAUGGUUCUGUCCCAUUCAUCUCGCCCUUGCCCUUGCGCAGGAGUGCCCUUUGGUAUGGGGUGGGGACAGGUUUGUCUUUGGUGAAGGUCUCUAAGCACAGGUCUUCAGCUGCCCCCACCCCCACCUGUCCUCCCGCAUCUCAGUGCUGGCCUGGGCCCAGGACGAUCUCAGAGGCUGUACUGUGCCAAGGAAGGRCCGUGGCUCCUGGUGAAGGUGGGGGGUCCCCAACGAAGACCAGCCUUUUCCCUUACUUUAAUUUAUUUAUUUAUUUGGUUGGUGGGUUUUAUUGGUUUGUGGGUGAGUUCCCAUCUCCUGAGCCCCUAGAAAUGCCAUCCUGUAUAUGGGUGCUGGCGCGGGGACAGUAGUGGUCAUCAUCACUCAGAUCUUCCCCAGGCCCCGUCUGGGAAGCUCACGGCCAGCCUAAGUUGGAACUCCAUCUAAAAGGGCCAAAUGGGGCCACUUCCUGGCCAACGGUGUCCAUUUUGUAGAGAGGCACACUGAACCUCCACAGUGCCCUGGGGCUGGUAGGUCACCCAGCACCAUGAAGUGCUCUUCCUUCCCGAGCAGAAGCUGGGUUAUCAUGGUUGGUUCUGGAAUCGCAAAUGGCCCAGGAGUCUCCUUUCCAUAAGGACAUCAAGUGCUCCAAGAGGGCGCAGGCAGGGAGCCCAGCAUGGGCCAGCGAAGGACCGGGGGACCCUUGUCAUAGGAGGGCAGGGAACCUGCUCUGGGAAAGGCUCUCCACCCUGGAGCAAGGUCCUGGCUCCUGCCCUACCUGUUCUGAGGUUGUGGUCACCUCAGCCCUGGCCACCUGUUCUGGGCUAGGCCAGUGCAGUCUUGGCCUAGCCCCCCUGCUUCCCAGCCUCCGUCAUCAGGUGACUCUAGUGUACCCUCAGAGACAGCCUCUCCCUUGACCGGCAGAGCCUGGGGCUCUAGCCCUGGCCAGGCGGCUGCCCUGAGCCUCAGCUUCCUGUGUGAGGUGGCUGUUUGGGGGGGCAGACUUUCUGGAUGGCUCUUGGGAGUUCUCUGUGGGGUAUUGCCAAGAGGUGGUGUGAUGGAAGCAUGGGACAGGACUCUUGGCCAGACAGGCACCUGCGCUGGACUUACAGGCACCUUGGGGAAGUCCCUGGACCACUCUGGGUCUUGCCUUCCGGGACCCUGCCUCUCAGACCUGCGGCAGGAGUGGGCUGGGGCGUCAGUCAGACAGGCACAGGUCCCAGAGGUGAAAGGGCCAAGUGCAUGCAGGGGCUGCCCCGCUGGGGGCUGGGGAGAAGCCAUCAUCCACUGUUAGUGCAGGGGUAGCUGCUGCCUCACACCUUUGUGAACUCCCCCAUGGGGUCGCUGUGAUUGUGAAUAAAGGUGAUUUCUACCAGCC